AUGACCUUGGACCCCAUGACCUUGAACUCCAGGCUGACCUGGGACUGUCAGGCCCACACAAGCCUAAAGAAGACCAUGCCUCAUUAUGGGCCCAAGAGAUCUCAACUGCUCCAGAUCUCAACCGACCCAGAUCUCAACUGCCCCAGAUCUCAACCGCCCCAGAUCUCAACCCACCCAGAUAUCAACCGACCCAGAUAUUCAACCCACCCAGAUUCUAACCCACCCAGAUUACAACCCACCCAGAUAUCAACCCACCCAGAUAUCAACCGCCCCAGAUCUCACCCCACCAGAUAUCAACCGACCCAGAUAUCAACCCACCCAGAUCUCAACCCACCAGAUAUCAACCCACACCAGAUAUCACCCACCCAGAUAUCAACCCACCCCAGAUAUCAACCCACCCAGAUAUCAACCACCCAGUAUCAACCCACCAGAUCUCAACCGCCCCAGAUCUCAACUGCCCCAGAUCUCAACCCGACCCAGAUCCAACCGCCCCAGACCCAACCGCCCCAGAUCUCAACUGCCUCCAGAUCUCAAACCGAGCCAGAUCUCAACUGCCCCAGAUCUCAACCGCCCCAGACCCAACCGACCCAGAUCUCAAACUGCCCCAGAUCUCAAACCCACCAGAUCUCAACCGACCCAGAUCCCAACCGCCCCAGAUCAACCCCCAGAUCUCAAACUGCCCCAGAUCUCAACCCACCAGAUCUCAACCCACCCAGAUCCCAAACCGACCAGAUCCCAACCGACCCCAGAUAUCAACCGACCCAGAUUCCCAACCGCCCCAGAUCCCAACCGACCCAGAUAUCAACCAACCCAGAUCUCAACCGCCCCAGAUCUUCAACCGACCCAGAUCUCACUGCCCCAGAUCUCAACCGACCAGAUAUCAACCCACCCAGAUCCCAACCGCCCAGAUCUCAACCGACCCAAUCUCAACCGACCCCAGAUUCUCAACUGCCCCAGAUAUCAAACCGACCCAGAUUAUUCAACCCACCCAGAUCCUCAACCCACCCAGAUAUCAACCCACCCAGAUCUUCAACCGCCCCAGAUCUCAACCGACCCAGAUCUCAACCGACCCAAUAUCAACCCACCCAGAUCUCAACUGCCCAGAUUAUCAACCGACCAGAUCCCAACCGACCCAGAUAUCAACCCACCCAGAUCUCAACCGACCAGAUCUCCAAUCGACCCAAUCUCAACCGCCCCAGAUCCCAACCGACCCAGAUAUCAACCGACCAGAUCUCAACCGCCCCAGAUAUCAACCGACCCAGAUCUUCAACUGCCCAGAUAUCAACCGACCCAGAUCUCAACUGCCCCAGAUAUCAACCGACCCAGAUCCCAACCGCCCAGAUCUCAACUGCCCCAGAUAUCAAACCACCCAGAUCUCAACCGACCCAGAUUAUCAACCCACCCAGAUAUCAACCGACCCCAGAUAUCAAACCCACCCAGAUCUCAACGACCCAAUAUCUCAACCCACCCAGAUAUCAACCGACCCAGAUAUUCAACCCACCCAGAUAUCAACCCACCCAGAUAUCAACCCACCCAGAUUAUCAACCCACCCAGAUAUCAACCCACCCAGAUCUCAACCGCCCCAGAUCUCAACCUGCCCCAGAUCUCAACCGACCCAGAUCCCAAAACCGCCCAGACCCAACCGACCCAGAUUCAACUGCCCCAGAUCUCAAACCCACCCAGAUCUCAACCGCCCAGAUCCCAACCGCCCAGAUCCAACCGACCCAGGAUCCCAACCGACCAGAUAUCAACCGACCCAGAUCCCAACCGCCCAGAUCCCAACCGACCCAGAUAUCAACCAACCCAGAUCUCAACCGCCCAGAUCUCAACCGACCCAGAUCUCAACUGCCCCAGAUCUCAACCGAUCCAGAUAUCAACACCACCCAGAUCCAACCGCCCCAGAUUCUCAACGACCCAGAUCUCAACCGACCCAGAUCUCAACUUUCCCCAGAUAUCAACCGACCCAGAUAUCAACCCACCCAGAUCUCAACCCACCAGAUAUCAACCCACCCAGAUCUCAACCCGCCCAGAUCUCAACCAACCCAGAUCUCAACCGACCCAGAUAUCAACCCACCCAGAUCUCAACUUGCCCCAGAUAUCAACCGACCCAGAUCCCAACCGACCCAGAUAUCAACCCACCCAGAUCUCAACCGGACCCAGAUUCUCAACCGACCCAGAUAUCAACCGACCCAGAUCUCAACUGCCCCAGAUAUCAACCGACCCAGAUCUCAACCGCCCCAGAUAUCAACCACCAGAUCUCAACUGCCCCAGAUAUCAACCGACCCAGAUCCCAACCGACCCAGAUAUCAACCCACCCAGAUCUUCACCGACCCAGAUAUCAACCCACCCAGAUCUCAACCCACCCAUAUCAACCACCCAGAUAUCAACCCACCCAAUAUCAAACCCACCCAGAUAUUCAACCCACCCAGAUUUCAACCCACCCAGAUCUCAACCGCCCCAGAUCUCAACUGCCCCAGAUCUCAACCGACCCAGAUCCCAACCGCCCCAGACCCAACCGACCCAGAUCUCAACUGCCCCAGAUCUCAACCGACCCAGAUAUCAACCCACCCAGAUCUCAACUGA